AUGUCGUCCUACGUAUGUACUAAAGCCUCCGUCUCCAAUCCUUUAGACUCCAUGGGUGCGAAUCUUCAUGAAGCGCAUCAAGUAUGCUGCAAGUCUUUGGCACUGUUGUUCUUCGUGUGCUUCGCCCUCUCCAUGUAUGGAGGCUGCUCCCAUGCCUGCGUCAGCUCGGUUGACAUAGUCGUGUGCAGGGGGCGGAAUCUCUCGGCUGUGCCCGCCAACCUCAGUGACCUCGUAUGGCGCCUUGACCUGAGCUCCAACGCCAUCGCCUCCCUGAGUUCCAGCUGGACGUCGCGCCCGCUGCUCAGGCUGGAGGUCCUGGUGCUGGCCCAGAAUGCCCUUGGCACCAUCGGGCCGGGCGCCUUUGUCGGCACGCCUCACCUCCGCCACCUGGACCUGUCCUCCAACCGGCUAAAGUGGCUUAUCGGGGGGUUGUUCAAGGGGCUCGGUGAACUCGAGGAGCUGCUUCUGUUCGACAACCGCCUGGGCCGGAUCAGCGGCCGUGCGUUCGAGGGCCUCGGCGGCCUCCGGAGGCUCCAUCUUGGCAGGAACCGGCUCGCGCAGCUGCCCCCCGAGACGAUCGACGGCGUGGCGUCUUUGUCCGAGCUCCGAGUCUUUGAUCUGUCCUCGAACAUGCUGCGCGCGGUCCCAGUGGCCUCCAUCCUCGCGCUGCCUCCCUGGACGCAGGCUGGCCUUUACCUGCACGAUAAUCCUCUGGUCUGCACGUGCGCCCUGCGCGCCAUGCUGCAGCAGUGGGCCGGCCAGCGUUACAGGACAAUGGUGGACUUUGGACACGGCCAUCCCUGCCUCGGAGGAACCCCUGGGGAGACGCUGAACUGCUCGCGGGAGCUGCGUGACUGCACUCAGCCGGUCAAGGUGGUGCUCCAGGUGAGGCUAGGCGAGCAGUUGCUUCUGCCAUGUUUGGAUUCGACAGAGCAACAGGGGUCAUCGGUGCGCUGGGAGACCCCAGACCAGGAGGCCUCACCUGGGGAGGAGCAGCACCUGCUCGUGCACUCAAACGGCACCCUGGAGAUCCAAAGGGUGCGCCCGGAAGAUUCCGGAACAUACCACUGUAAGGUGAUCAGCGGGGGGCGAGAAGGCUCUGAAAGGUUAGUGGAGGUCAUUGUGAGUGACAGCGAGGCGGCAUCAACACCACACCACACAGGUCUCACAGCUUUGGUCUCCUGGAUGGUCAGUAUCGUCCUGCUGCUGUCCUACCUCUACUUUAGUCCAUGUCGUUGCCGCUGUCGUCGCAAACACUUGGGUGUGUCACAUCCUGCCAGAAGCAAUCCUCAGCUUCAAGGGCAGCCCAGCUCAGCUAAAAAGGUGGUUUUUGUGGAGCCUUGGAUGGAAGUGACUGCCAUUGAUGUGGCUCACUCAACAGGAGCGGCCAAUCCAGUCGCCACCAGAAGCAUCCUGAAGAAUGGUGGAAACCCCUCUGAUCCUCCGAUAAGAGAAAUGUGCCACCUGAUUUAG